AUGACCCCAAGUAUUGGUUUCAUGUUUGGCGCUGGUUUUGUUACCUUUUUGGGGUAUCUCGUGUCUUGGUGUAUCUACUGCCGAACAUUUCAUCCUCUCAGCAAAGUUCCUGGGCCGUUUUGGCCGUCUGUCACUCGACUAUGGCUAACCUAUGCCGUCUCAAAAGGAGAGUUGGAUGUGUGGCAACGAAAAUUGCACCGCAGAUACGGACCACUUGUCCGCAUUGCGCCGGAUGAAGUAGCUUGUGCAGAUCCCGAGGCAAUUCGCAAGAUAUACAGCACAACUUCACCACUCAACAAGUCUGAUUUCUACCAUGUUUGGGAUGUGGGAGCUUUCUCCAAAUACCCCAACGCUUUUGCUAUCGUCGACGAAAGGCUGCACCACGCGCGAAGACGCAUCGUAAGCAGUGUGUACACUAUGUCCACCGUAUUGACAUUGGAGUCAUAUAUUGACGACUGCAAUCGCUUGUUUGUCGAGCGUAUGACUGAGCGUACAGUUCCCGAUGAAGCGAUUGAUCUCGGGGAUUGGUUUCUAUGGUACGCCUAUGAUGUUAUCGGAGAGCUCUUUUUUGGUCGCUCGCUCGGUUUCAUGGAGAAUCGUGGCGACCAGGGCGCCUUUCUCGCAUCUCUGGAGUCAAUGCUUCCCGUACUGACAACGGCGGCAGCUUCUUCGCCUCUGGUCCGCAGGCUGAUUAUGAGUUCUUUUAUGCUCAGUUCUACAGCACGCAAAGGGCUAAAAGGGAUGAAUCACAUAAUCGAAACGGCGCGCACCAGCGUGGACGACAGAGUCUCCGCUAUUAAAGCUGAUGGAAAACAAGAGAGAAAAGACCUGUUGCAUAAUCUGCUCGCCAUUGUCAAUUCCAAAGGAGACAACUUGGACUUCGGCGUUGAAGACGUCAAGAACGAGGCCUUUGCAGCUCUGACAGCAGGCGCGGACGCAGUUAUGAUUGAGAUGCAAGCAGUCUUUUAUUAUCUUGCCAAGAAUCGCUCUGUGUAUGAAGACCUCCGAGAAGAGAUUGACCAAGCUGUGGAGAGCGGGAAACUAUCCAGGUUUCCUAAAUAUUCAGAAGUCGUCCUGCUUCCACUUCUCAAGGCAACAAUCAAAGAGGCAUUACGGUUGCAUCCUGCCGUGGGAUUCACUAUGCCUCGAGUCGUGGAUCAGACUGGAAUUGAGCUAUCUGGAAUGUACAUCCCACCAGGAUGGAAGGUCGGUAUGAACGCGGCCGUCAUAGGACGAGAUGAGGGCGUGUAUGGCCCAGAUGCCGAUAUAUUUCGACCAGCAAGAUGGAUCGAACGCACUGAUGCCAACAUGGACAGAUGUAACAACCUGGUGUUUGGAGCUGGCACUAGAACUUGCAUCGGCAAGCAGAUUGCUCUGAGUGAGAUAUACAAAAUGGUACCCCUGUUGAUUCGCAGAUUCGAUUUUGUUUUAGAGGACUCGGGUAAUAACUGGACAACUCAUGACUACUUUUUCAAUAAACAGAGUGGCCUUCGGGUUAAGGUCAAGGUUCGAGGCCUCUAA